CAGAUCGCGGUUAGAGCCAAAGGGGGGAGGAGGGGUCGCAGGGGCCGGGUGUCAGGGUUCAAACAGGCCCAGCAGAAAGCAGUUGGUUUCGAACCGGCUGAGGCUGAGCUGUGCUGUAACUGCUGCUGUCUUCGGUUGGCCUCUUCGCCUCGCCAGGUCGCUGUAGCGGACAGUGCACACUCCGUGAGUAGUCAUGUUACUGAACGCGCCCGUCUGACUCGAGCGUGUGCGAGUGCUUGUGUGUGACUCUUGACUGUGCAGUGUUGACCUCUUGGUGUCGUUUGAGGUCAGGACUUUGUGAAGAGAUAGCUGUCACGUCUCUUGCCUUAGGUCAUCGUAAAGAGUAAGCAAGUGAAGAAACGUAAACACUACAAAGAGGAUUGGGAAGGAAGAGCACUACUAAAGAAUUGCGGUAAAGGCGGUCAGCAUCCGCCGGAACAGUUACCAGUAUUAUUCCUCACAACGCCCUCGCCGUGUGUACCGGGGUGCUGUGUCCGACGACGACGGGGUUCUUCGGGUCGCGCGGUCAGGCCCCCGACGUCACCACGUUGGAGCUCGGGUUCCCGCGCAGCAUGGCGCUGGUGGCGCCCCCGCCGUCCGCCUGGCGGGACCCGAGCGCCGGCAGCGCCGUGGUGCUGGGCCAUGUUGGCCACCCGGGACUGGGUCCGGGCGCAGGACCCGGCACACCCACGGCGGCAGAGGACAUUACCGGGCUCACAAACCCGGGCGGGGGCGGCGGCGGUGGUACGGCCGGGCUGGGAGGUAGGGACCUCCAGCAGAGCACUACCCCUGGCUCGCAGGCAGCCAGCACCCAGUCUGGGGGGUCGUCACAGGGUGCUGACAAGAACCAGAAUAUCGAAUGUGUCGUGUGUGGUGACAAAUCCAGCGGAAAGCACUACGGGCAGUUCACGUGUGAAGGUUGCAAGAGCUUCUUCAAGAGGAGUGUAAGAAGAAACCUCACGUACUCUUGUCGAGGCAACAGGAACUGUCCCAUUGAUCAGCACCACAGGAACCAGUGCCAGUACUGUCGGCUUAAGAAGUGUCUCAAGAUGGGCAUGAGGAGAGAAGUUGGACAUAGGAUUGACGAUCUCACAACAGUGGUCAUGGAGGAUGUUAUCUGCUGGGACAAGACAGGCAGCAGUCCGGAAGACACUUGCCAAAGUUCUGGAGGACAUACCUUGAAGAUUGAGGCUGAAGACUCCUCUGAAACUUUGCUAAAUAUGUACCGGACUACUCGGCGUCACAAGACAGUAGUCAACAAAUAG